AUGGAGGAAGCCAAUCAAGAUGCCUUUGACAGAGCCAGGCUGCAGGUGAUCAAAGACGGCUAUGAGAAGGCCUUUGAGUGCAUUAACAGGGGCCUGACAGAGGAUGAAUCUGGCCACAAGGCCCAGGCCCUGGCCGAGUACAGACAGGGGCGCCAGCACCUCCUCAGGGCCAUCAGCGUGCCCUCACAAGGGCACGAGUGUGUGGGCAGCUCCUGGGAGUCAGCCCGCCAGAUGCAGCACAAGAUGCAGGAGACUCUGAACAACAUCACCACUCGAUUGGCAGUCCUAGAGACCAGCCCAGACCCUGAGCUCCCACCACCUCUAGAUGCCUCUAAUGGAGUCCCUGGGACAGCCUCUAACUCUAACCUCUACCCCAAACUGGAGAAGGAGAAACCAGAGCGGCCAUCUCCACCCAUGCUGCUGAUGACUAACUGCCAGGCUGGAGCUGUGGGAGGCAGUGUGUCUUCCUCCCUGCCUCUUUCUCCCACUAGACAGCCUGCGGUGCCUGGCGAGCGGCCCCCAGCCUACUCCUCCCAGGCGGCUGACGGCCACCUGACUAUCUCCUACGGGACAGAGUCUGGAGAGAUGUCACUGGUGGGAGAGGAGUUUUACAACCACAUGUCCCCCUCUCCCCCCUCUCCUCAGAGCCUGGGGGAGGAUGGAGAGGAACUCUUCUUCCUGUCUCAUGGGGUGCAGAUAUUCUUUGUCACACCUGACGGCCAGGUCAGCGCUCCCUCCUACCCAGGGUACCUGCGGAUGGUCAAGUUCACCAGCCAGCAGUCAGAGAGAGUCCCCAACCGCCCCCCAGCCUUCCUGCAGGUAAGAGGGAUGUGGGGGGAAUGGGGUGAUGAAUUCUAGUCACAGUCUACUGUGUGUGUUGCCAUUUACAGUGCCCUUAUAAUAGUGUAAACACUUAUUGUAUUCAGCAUUUCAGUUUAUGAUGAAAUCACAGGGUUCUUGGAAUCUGUUUUCUUGACCUCUCUGUAUCUGUUGUGCACUCUAACACGAUUUCAUUAUCAAUGGUUUGCUCUGCCUCUACUCAUAAACUCCCUCCUGUCAUACAGAGAAGGCUGUGUGUGUGUGUGUGUGUGUGUGUGUGUGUGGGGGGGGGGGGUUGGUGUUUAGAAUAGGGUUGGGCUCGUGUGUAUGUGGGAUAGGCUAGCAGUAGCACAGCAGCCAGCUAAUGAUCUGUGUCCUGCAUCAUGUGAUCAGUGACUGUGGCCCUAAUCCCAGGCAGGAGUUCUCUAUGAUGUCAUGGUGGGAAAACCCCAGUGGCCAUCAUGUCAGGUUCAGAGAUCUGUGUCACAACUAGUUACAGCAGAGAGACAGACAGGGUGUUGAAUCUUCCCUGUGUUUUGAUGAAUGUAGUAAUGUAGGCCUAGUUGAUACAGAUUAUAGACGGAUGGUUUCCCUCUUUGGUUUCCUUGUUCCCGUGGUGUCAUGACAAGAUAACCUCUGGCUCUACGCUGCUGUCUGUCUGCUGCCUGCCACAUGAACAUAAUAUUACACCAGCACCACUAGUCUUUGAACAGAGCUGGAGAUUGAUAACACAUAGCCCCCUCUGUUUGUCUGCAGUGAGUAGCACAGUGGACAAGGUUGUCCCCUCCUUAGUAAUACUGUCCCCAUGUGUGUAAACAUGUACUGAGACUGGUGAUAAGAUAAGGAGAUGGAAAUAAUACAACUCUUAUAAAUGUUUCACCAAGGCCUGUAUGUAAUCAACAGCUGUAUGGCUAUGUGGGAGUGUCAGAGAUAGUAACAGCCCACUUAAUGUGUUUGUCUUCACAGUGGGUUAACAGUACUGUAUCAUAGUGUUGGGGUCGACUCGUCAUUGUGGAAUUUCACAGUCGUUCCAUAUAAACUCCCUAUACUGUCCUGUGUGAUUGGCUGUACUGUUGAUGUGUUCCAGGUGUGUGAUGGAUUAUACUGUUCAUGUAUUCCAGGUUUGUGAUUGGCUGUACCCGCUGAUGGCCACUGAUUCCCCCGUCCUGCUGUGUAACACAGGGGUGUUCAUGUUCCCGGACAUGAUGGCUUCCGCCCCGGGGUCCUACGUGGGCGUUGUGCUGUCCUCUGAACUGCCUGCAGAAGACAGACAACUGUUCCAGGACCUGCUGUCCCAGAUGACAGACCUUAGGGUGCAGGUGAGCUGCUGAGGGUGCGUCUCAAAUGCACUACAUUUGACCAGGGCCCAUAGGGUGCUGCUCUCUGACUGGCCCAUAUGAAGGUGUCUGGUGGUCGGCUGGUUGGCCGUAUGGUCCAAGGAAUAGUAAUAUAAUAAUAGUAAUAGAAUAAUUAACGUAUCUCUCUGCCUGAUGCGUUUUUGCAGAUUUCAGGUGUACAAUGCAUUCGAAAAGUAUUCAGACCCCUUGACUUUUUCCACAUUUUGUUACAUUACAGCCUUAUUCUAAUUUUAUUUUUUUAAAAAAAAUUCCCUCAUCAAUCUACACACAAAACCCCAUAAUGACAUAGCAAAAACAGUUUUUUUUCAAUUUUAUCAAAAAAAAUUAAAAUAAUUUACUCAGUACUUUGUUGAAGCACCUUUGGCAGUGAUUACAGCCUUGCGUCUUCUUGGGUAUGACGCUACAAGCUUGGCACACCUGUAUUUGAGGAAUUUCUUCCAUUCUUCUCUGCGGAUCCUCUCAAGCUCUGUCAGGUUGAAUGGGGAGCGUUGCUGCACUGUAAUUUUCAGGUCUCUCCAGAGAUGUCCGUUCGGGUUCAAGCCCGCGGUCUGGCUGGGCCACUCAAGGACAUUCAGAGACUUGUCCCGAAGCCACUCCUGCGUUGUCUUGGCUGUGUGCUUAGAGUUGUUGUCCUGUUGGAAGGUGAACCUUUCCCCCAGUCUGAGGUCCUGCGCGCUCUGGAGCAGGUUUUCAUCAAGGUUCUCUCUGUACUUUGCUCCGUUCAUCUUUCCCUCGAUCCUGACUAGUCUCCCAGUCCCUGCCGCUGAAAAACAUCCCCACAGCAUGAUACUGCCACUACCAUGCUUCACCGUAGGGAUGGUGCCAGGUUUCCUCCAGACGUGACACUUGGCAUUCAGGCCAACGAGUUCAAUCUUGGUUUCAUCAGACCAGAGAAUGUAUAUAGACAGGUGUGUUCCUUUCCAAAUCAUGUCCAAUCAAUUGAAUUUACCACAGGUGGACUCCAAUCAAGUUAUAGAAACAUCUCAAGGAUGAUCAAUGGAAACAGGAUGCAACUGAGCUCAAUUUUGAGUCUCAUAGUAAAGGGUCUGAAUACUUAUGUAAAUAAAGACUGUAACGUAACAAAAUGUGGAAAAGGUCAAGAGGUCUGAAUAUUUUCCAAAUGCACUGUAUUUGUGUCAUUGAAAGAUGUGUUAAAGGUACCAAAGCAAUACCACACUAUGACAAGUGUCCUUGUGCAGAAGGUUAUGGACCCUGGAUAAAAAGAAUGACAGGGUUGCCUACAUCCAUUCUUAAUCAGCAGUUCAGAAACAGUGACAGUUUGAAGUCAUUUCCAAGCAUUGUUCUUUGUUUUCUUAUAUCCCUGUCAAUGAUCCCAGUGGAAUGUAAGGUUCAAAUUAGGGAUUUGGCCCAAAAUGGAACCCUAUUUCCUUCAUAGUGCCCUACCUUUGACCAGAGCCUGGUCAAAAUAGUGCACAACAUAUGGAAUAGUGUGCCAUUUGGCCUAGAUUUAGUACAGUAGUAGAUUACCAUGAGCUAUUCUGCUCUCUAGCCUCUCUGACUCCGUCUGAUUGGUCCAUGUUUCUGAUGUUAUUCCAGAACACUGAAGGCUCUACUGCACUGCUUGCUCCCUGAAUACACCUAGCCUCCGCAGUUAGGGAAUUUAGAACAAUGGGCAAGAGCUAAUGCUCUUAUCUGGCUAGAACACAACACAGCCUCAGUAGUCACUACAGUAAUGGAGUCAGACGGUGGUUCUGUCACCGAGAAAUAGGAUUCUAACUGAUGGCAUGUUGUUGUUGACAAACUACCUGUCACAUGGACAGCUGCUUCUGGGAUGGAAUCCAAUAAGCAAGUAGGCUUUUCAUGAGCAUAUAUGUACAUUUAGGAGGUUGUGUCUUGUUGAGAAUAGCAAUGAUGGUAUUAGAACAAUGCCCCUCUGUCUGUUUUCCUCAAGCAAGGGGACAUCUGAAACGUGUCUGGUGACUAUGUCUUUGUUUAGAGAAGAAUUAAUCAUUGUGAUCAGGAUGGGGAUAGAGGGAGGAGAGGGUAGCGGUAGCAGGAGGCUACUACUAGGAGGUUACUAUGAGAGUUAGGGUAAGGCACUUAAGGUUACCAGGAGGUUAUCAGGAGGUUACUAUGAGGCAGGGACUGCUAGGCUCCAGCUAGGCUAACUAGUCCUGUAAUAGUUGUAAGUUACAGAAAACAGAGAGGACCAUGACAACGAGGCAUAGUUAAUCAAACUUUAAUGUUAUUCUGCCAAUGCUGUACAUAUGCACCAGCAGGUUGCAAAACACCAUAUUAAUACAAGUCCUACUGCUCCAGGCUCCAGAUGAGGCAGCAGACAGCAUCAACCUGAGCCAGAAGGUGUCCAUCGCUCCCCCCGAGGAAGAGGAGGCCCCAGCAGCAGGAGAGGAGGAGGAGGAGAAGAACCUGCCAGAGUGGAGCGAGAAGGUGGCCAGCGGCAUCCUCACAGGUCAGACCCAGGGCCCUAACCCCUACAACGCUAACCCUAACCAAUGGCAUCCUAACCCGAGGCUGUAGGGGUUAGGGUUAAGGUUGUAUGCUGUGUAUCACUUACUGACAUAUACUGUGUUUUUUCGAUCCAGGGGCAUCGUGGCUGAGCUGGGGCCUGGUGAAGGGAGCUGAGUUCACUGGCAUAGCCAUCCACAAGGGGGCGUCCAAACUGCGGGAGCACAUCACCCCCGAGGACAAGCCAGCCCAUGUCAGCCCCUCUGUCUCCAAGGGAUUGCAUGUAGCCAAACAGGCCACCGGGGGCGCUGUCCGUGUCAGCCAGUUCCUGGGUGAGAAGCAGCUGAGUGUCUGACUCUGAUUUUGUUCUGGUGUUGGAAGGAGCUGACUGUCUGAUUGGUUCUGGUGUUGGAAGGAGCUGACUGUCUGAUUGGUUCUGGUGUUGGAAGGAGCUGACUGUCUGAUUGGUUCUGGUGUUGGAAGGAGCUGACUGCCUGAUUGGUUGUGGAUGGGUGCAUUGUGUGUAGUGUUAGUAGUGUAUGGUGGUGUGUGUGUGUUGUGUUAUGACGGGGUGUGUAUUGUGUUAUGAUCAGGUGUGUGUUGUUUGUAGUGGACGGUGUGUUGUGUUAUGACGGGGUGUGGAUUAUGUUAUGAUCGGGUGUGUGUUGUGUUUGUAGUGGACGGUGUGUGUAUGGUGGCAGGAUGUGUGGGGAGAGAGCUGGCUCCCCAUGUGAAGAAACAUGGAGGCAAGUUGGUCCCGGAGUCCAUGAAGAAAGACAAAGAUGGACGAUCCAACAUCGAUGGAGCCAUGGUGGUGGCUGCCAGCGGAGUUCAAGGUACACAUAGUCACUGUUGUGGUUGUUAUAGUCACUAGGCUAUUCAUUGUAUAGGACAAGACAGAACAACAAACGUUGGCCGUAUGGUUCAAGGAAUAGUAAUAGAAUAAUAGUAAUAGAAUAAUGAACGUAUCUCUCUGCCUGAUGCGUUUUUGCAGAUUUCAGGUGUACAAUGCAUUCGGAAAGUAUUCAGACCCCUUGACUUUUUCAACAUUUUGUUACAUUACAGCCUUAUUCUAAAAUUGAUUCUUUUUAAAAAAUUCUCAUCAAUUUACACACAAUACCCCAUAAUGACAAAGCAAAAACAGGUUUUUUAUCAAUUUUAGCAAAAAAACACACAAAAAACGGAAAUAUCACAUUUACAUAAAUAUUGAGACCAUUUACUCAGUACUUUGUUGAAGCACCUUUGGCAGCGAUUACAGCCUUGCGUCUUCUUGGGUAUGACGCUACAAGCUUGGCACACCUGUAUUUUAGGAAUUUCUUCCAUUCUCCUCUGCGGAUCCUCUCAAGCUCUGUCAGGUUGAAUGGGGAGCGUUGCUGCACAGUUAUUUUCAGGUCUCUCCAGAGAUGUCCGAUCGGGUUCAAGCCCAGGGUCUGGCUGGGCCACUCAAGGUCAUUCAGAGACUUGUCCCGAAGCCACUCCUGCGUUGUCACUGUUGUGGUUGUUAUAGUCACUAGGCUAGUCAUUGUAUAGGACAAGACAGAACAACACAAACGUUGGCCGUGAGCAGUAGAUCACCUGCUGGGUGUCAACAAACGGUGGAGAUUCAACGUAGAAUGUAGAAUCGACAGGAAAUUAAUAGAUAAUGACUGCCGAUGUUCGGUGGUCAGAGGCAAUAGGACGGCCACCCACUACGCAUGGCCACCAUUCGUAUUGGUCUGUCUUGUCCUUAAGGAUGGUUCACGUGGAUUAUGUACCCCCUAUUCUACCAAGUGUCUAGUUGUUGUUGUGGUUCCUGUGUGUUUCUACCUGAAGGCUUCGCUACCAUGUGGACCGGCUUGGAAGUAGCAGCAAAGAACAUCACCGUCUCUGUUGCCUCAGAAACCGUCAACACUGUCAAGCAUAAGUAGGUCUUUCUCUGUACACUUCAACCAACAUGUGUUGUCUGUGCUCUUCUCAUUCAACAUGGCUGCGUCUCAAAUGGCAUCCGAUGAGCCUAUGGGUCCUGGUCAAAGGUAGUGCACUAUAUAGGGAAUAGGGUGCCAUUUGAGACGCAGCCAUGUCAAAAUAAAUGUUGUAUUGUCACAUACACCGGAUAGGUGCAGUGUGUUGUUUUACAGGGUCAGCCAUAGUAGUACGGCACCCCUGGAGUAAAUUAGGGUUAAGUGCCUUGCUCAAGGACAUGUCAACAGAUUUUUCACCUUGUCGGGUAUUCGAACUAGCGACCGUUCGGUUACUGGCCCAACGCUCUAACCACUAGGCUACCUGCCGAAUGUGUUCUGUGCUCGGCUCAUUCACCAUGUGUGAAUGGCAGUACUACUUGCUUGUCUGUUUACAUUUGCUCCUGUCCACCUAGCUCUGAUGUGUAUGUCUGUUCUUUUGCUUUCUAGACCAGGUUUUGCUAAACCAGAUUUUUGCAGUGUAUCUUGCAAACACUCACUUGUGUUUUAUAAGCAAAAACAAGCAAGCACUUACUGUACAUUUCCCUCUUCCACUUAUUUUUCAGAUUUAGGGGUCUACAAAACAUCUUAGACCCUCCUAAUGACAAGAAGACAUGUAUUUUCUCUUAAAGCCAGACUUUAAUGAACCCUCCUUUAUAAUAAUGAGCAGCAUGGCCAAGGCUUAGCCUCUGUUUCUGGGUGGUCUGAAUGUAAAGCUGCUGGAUUCACCUCUACUCUCUAACAUGAGCUACUCUUCUAUCCUACUCGGCUAUACACCCGUAAUUCAACAUGUAGCUUACACUGAUUUCUCUGGUUUCUAACUAACCAACUCUUUUUCCUGACUUCAUUGAAAAUAAUAUAACUAUUCCUAAUACAUAAUCAUAGUAUGAAUUGAUGCACUUAUUGAAUUGAUGUGUAUUAUAUGUAGAAAUAAGUGCAAUCACCAGCCCCACAAUAUAAUUUAGUUGUAUAUUUACAGAUUACUGAAUAGUCAGAUAACAACAGAAUUCUGUUGAAUUCAUGCUCUGCAUGGGUGGUGGCUUUAAUCCUAGUUGCAUGUUGUUGCUGUCCUUGCUGUUCCCUAUUAUUGCCCUCCAUCCUCCUGCCCCCAACCCUCCACCUCCCAGCCCUCCCCCUCUCACCAGUUGGUUGUGUGUGAUUGAUUAUAAGGUAUGGGGCGGCAGCCGGCCAGGCCACAGACCAUGCUGUGAACUCCGCCAUUAACAUGGGCGUCACCGCCUUCAACAUUGACAACCUGGGCAUCAAAGCUGCGGUGAAGAAGACUGGCAAACAGACGGCCGUGGCCAUCCUGGAUGACUACCAGCUACAGGACCCUAACACUAACCAGAAACAAGUGGAGAAACGGGACAAAUAGGCCCCAUCCAGGAACAAGUUUUACGUCCCAAAUGGCAGCCUAUACCCUAAAUAGUCACUACUUUUGACCAGAGAAAGAUAUAGAGAAUAGGGUGCGAUUUGGGACACAGUCAACCCCUAGCCCCAUGACACUUGCCCUAACCUCUACCCACAGAGCACUGGUGUAGAAAUGAGAGGACUGGAUAGGUGUGAGGCAAAACUUCUACCUGCCAAGUCUGUCAUAGGGAAAGGCUGAGGUACUACCAUAUUGAUUAAACAUAUCCUAUUCUUUCAGAUCUACCCAAGUGCCUAGAGGGUAAAGGCUAGGACUGUAUCCCAAAUGGCACCCUAUUCCCGAUAUAGUGCACUACAAAGGGAAUGGGGUGCCAUUUGGGGCACACCCAUGUCCUCCUCUCUCUCCUUUAGAGCCUUAAUUAACACACAAUUUGUAUUCUUCUAUAAAGAAAUCUAUCUAUAUGUGAAUUAUUUAUUUACAAUACAUAUUUUAUAUUUGCAUACUAGUUGACUAAUAGCCUAUAG